AUGACGGAAGGAGCUGGGAGAGAUAAUUCAGGGAGGGGAAGGAAAAGGGGAAGUAGGGGGAGGAGCAAGGUCGAUCAGCAGGCUAUUUUGAGGACCCAGGUCGCUAUUUCACAAAGGCUGAGCGAUGCCGGAAAGGAGCAGCAACCGCCUAACGGUAGCGAAGAAGAGGAAGCACCAAGAAACGAGAAGAAGAGAAUCGUGAAAAGGACGACGGACUCCUCCUCUCUCUCAGAGAAAUCGAACCACCACGCACCCGCGAGAAUUACCGUCCAUGACUGUAAAUGGACGGACGGCAGCAUCUCUUUAGAUGCCGUCUCUGAAAAUCUCUCAAAGCUUGGGAAGGAGGCUCUGCAGAGAAGAAAUCUAGCUUCUAUGGCUGCAGCCGAGGCUCUAGAAGAUGCGUUGGCCACUGAAUCUUUUAUAAGGUGUUUGAGCAUGUUUUCAGAUCUCUGCUCGUCAUCAAAAGCAGGAAAUCCGCUUCCAACCAUCGACAGAUUCCUAUCGAUAUACGAAGAUACAAUAAAGUGCACUUCUAUCUCAGAAUCACUUGCUUCUACCCGCAGCACCGGUGGACUCACUGAAGUCCUUUCAUUGGAUAGAACCAAGCCAGCCUCUCUCUGGGUCGAGGCAGCAUUAGCCACUGACCUUGAAGUUGUAUCCUUGGUGAGCUCAACCCUCGAUAGCAACACAAAACAAAAGAUUUUCGGAAAACCUGCAGCUCCUCUGGCCGAUACUACCAAGGUGAACUUUUCAAAGAAGAACUCCUUCAUAACUCCUGUGAAGGGCCAAGCAAAGGUCUCAACAACCAAUAUGUGGAGUAAAGGGCAGUCUAUUAGCGAGACUGUAAACUUUGCCAAGUCCCUCCGACGAGAGAUGCAGAAUUGGUUCAUGAAAUUUGUGGAGGAUGCACUGGAUGUCGGUUUUCGGUUAUUUGGUGAAGUGUUGGAGGAUGGUAGAGAGGCUUCGUGCAAGGAUAAUGGGAGAGUUGCAGCUGUUUUAUCGCAGUUAAAGAGAGUUAAUGAUUGGCUCGAUGCGGUAGGAAAGAAGCCAGAGGAGGAGACGAUUCUCGUGGAGAAGAUCGAGAGGCUGAAACGAAAGAUUUAUGGCUUUGUUAUAACUCAUGUGGGAUCUGCAUUUGACAGCUCGGUUUCACUUUCGAAGGUUGGAUGAUUAUCGAUCCUCGUUUUUCGUUGUUUGUGUAGUCUUGUAGAAUUUAGACGGGGGAUAUGAAGACUUGCAUGAUUGUAUUGAUGUUUUCUUGCUCUAAUCACUGAUUAGUCUGUUUUUUUUUUUUGAAUAAAUUGUUGUCUUUCGUUGUAGCGUGCAAAGUGUAGUAUGUAGAUAGAGGUUGAAUCUUGUUUUCAAGAUUCUGUGAACUCUUUUUAUGUUCAUUCUAAAAGGAAAAUAGAGGAUGAGCUUUUUUACAUC